UUCAUCACUCCGCCCUAAGAAAAAUGAUUACUACUUGUUUAUUUAGUGACAGUUAUUCUCCUCAUCAUUGCAUCUUGUAUGAAAAGGUUGGGUGGACAUCUCUAACAAGAGCAUGCCCUCAGAGAUUCCUCAAAAUUUAAAUUAAGGUUGAAUGCGUGAAUGAAAGAAAGAAAAAAUCCGUUCAUCGAUUAGUUGAGUCUGCCCUUCACACCGGAAGUGAGAGAGGAGCCAGCAGGCAAGAUGGUGGCCACCAGGAGAGGAGUACGCGUGUACUCCCCAAGUAAAACAAACCCAGACCAGUCUUCUGAUGUUCAGGCCACUCCUUCUACUGGUCGAAGAACCAGGAGCACUGCUAAACAAGCAGACAGCCAUACCCAGCAUGCCCUGGUGGAGACCAGCAGCCAGCUUGAAAAAAGUAGGGGAGGACAUCAGGCAUCCCCACCUACCUCCUCACUGAAAAGAUGUACCAGAGCGUCCAGACUCUACAGUCCAGAGCAGCCAUCCACACCUGUGGGCUCCAGCCACGAAGCGGACAUAUCGGACGUGGAGUCCUGCUGCUCUGUGGUGUCCGACAUUGAACCACCAAUGACACGCACCAGGGGGCGGAGGAGACCGCCCUGCACAGUAAGUCAGGAAGACGAGGAGGUAUCUGAGGUGGAAUCAUGCUCUUCUGCAGUAUCUACAUCAAAAGCUGGCCAAAGUAGCCGUCGGAGCACAAGGAGGAAGACAAUUCCUGAAAGCUCUGACCCAGCACAUGUUGAGGUGGGAGACAUCAAGGUCGACUUGGUGCAGGAGACAGAGUCCUGCAGCUCUGUGGUGUCUGAAUCACAGAGAGUCACCAGAAGUCAGAAAAAAGCUGCUCGCACCAGAUCAUCUGCCAAACAACAAACCGAGGACUCAGAGCUCUCAGAUGUUGACAGCUGGACGUCCAGCGUCUCAGGAGCUGGAUUUUCUAAGUCCACCACCCGCAGCGCUACAAGAUCCAGAAGGCAAACAGGUCCCAUCCCCAUCCACCUAGACGAAGCCUCGGAAAGCUCUCUCUCCCCUGCCCCAACCGCUCGAAGGAGUCGGGCAACAAGAAGGAAGGCAGCAGCAACUGUAGAUGUCAGCGAGCCCCAGUCUUGUGACUCUGAAGGGUUUGAGUCAGGGCCCACUUACAGUAUGAUGACUCGAAGACGGGGAAAGGCCCAAUCCACAGGUCCCAAAGCUGUGGACUCGGACUCUGAGCUGACUGACAUGCAUUCCCCGAUUGGCAGCCCCUGCUCCACCCACAGCAGAGGGACUCCCUGCAGCAGCCGCACAGGCUCGGGGAACAGCAGUCGAGGUGCUCCGUCCUCCAGGCACUCAGUCAAGGAUCUUAGUAUCGUUCUAGAAAAAGCUGUGGAGCCACCUGAGGUAGACACUUCAUUAAACGAUUCUAGAUUAGAAAGUACAGUGAUCGCUGAGGACGCAGACUGCACACUGUUGGAGGAAGAUAAGAGCCAAACAUUUGAAGAAAAAGAGAAAGAUGGUGUUCGUAGUACUGAUCUCGCAUCAGAUGAGACAGAUACAAUAAGAGUGGAAGACUCCCAUGUGUCUUCCCUAGUAUCAGACAGUCCUGGUUGUGCUGAGGAAGUUGCUGGUAAACCUGCAGUGACUGUUGGACACCAGCAGGAGGAGCCGUGUGCUGAAAAUAAGGACGGGGACACCUCAGAGAUGGAAAUGAUGCAGGAAACAAGCCGGCCAUCAGAACCAUUAAAGCCUUGCCAGUCAGUCACGGUAACAUUAUGUGAGAUGACUUCUGAGAUCACAGGGGAGACUGAAGAGAAGGACCAAGCUAUAGAAGUAGCUGAUGUGGACACCCACCCAUCACAGGGAGAUGAGGAUGCUGUUGUGGAAACCCGGCCUAGUGAGAAGGAGAAAAUGGAAGUCAGCACUUUGAAUAGAGAUGCUCAGCAGGUGGUUGAGGUCCAAGUUGAGUCCAUUCAAGUAACAUCCAGCCAGCCACACAAGAUCACACUGGAUUCUGGCCCUGAACAGCAACCUAAAGACGUCAUUGUCCAGAACACAAAAUUAAUCAGCCUGCUGGAUAGCAGCGAGGAUGAAGAUGAAUAUGCUGAAGAGGACAAGGAAGUUUCUGAAGAGGAAGAAGAUGAGGAUUUGGGGUACAGUGUAGAGGAGAGAGUCCGACCUUCCAAUAAGUCUGAAGCAGCAGGUACAUCGGUUGAAGGACUGUUUAUGAUUGACACACGGCCCGGAGAGGCGGCUGAUGUACACUACUACAAGGAGGAGACAGCCACAACGAACGCUCGAGUGAAGCAGGAGGAGCAAGAUGAGGAGUUUGUGGAUGAGGAGGGGGAUGACGAUGAUGAUGACGAAGAUGCAAAGAUCCUCUUCUCGAGUAGAAAUCCUCAGUUGAAAGAGAUGUCCAGCCGUAUUGACCCUGGCAUCAGAGUGAAGGAGCUUGGGGGUUUAUACAUCAAUUUUGAUGGCAGCAAAUCAAAACCUGUCUCCAGUUCACUGCAAAAACUAAAGGAAAAGAAGAUCCAAGAUGAGGUGAUGAAGAAGAGUGUGAUUGGACCAGACUUUGAAAAGAAGGAUGCAGUGCCUCCAUACAGUGAAUCCAAAAAAGCCUUAAAGAUGAAACACAGAGUGGAGAGGGCGAAAUCAACAGGAGAUGGUUGGUUUAACAUGAAAGCCCCCGAGAUCACUCAGGAGCUGAAAGGAGACCUCCAAGUCCUGAAGAUGAGAGGCUCCAUGGAUCCCAAGAGGUUCUACAAGAAGAAUGACAGAGAUGGCUUUCCCAAAUAUUUUCAGGUUGGUACAGUGGUGGACAGCGCAGUCGACUUCUAUCAUUCCCGUGUUCCCAAGAAGGACAGGAAGCGAACCAUGGUGGAGGAGCUGCUGGCUGAUGCUGAGUUCAGGCACAACAACAAAAAGAAGUACCAGCACAUUGUAACGGAGAGAGCAGCACAAGGAGCUGGCAAGAGGAACAAGAAGAAAUUCCAUAAGAAGUAAUUCUGAAGACUUGUGACGAACACUGACUGAGUGGCUUUUCAUAGAUACUGAUAUUCUCAACUCCAGUUCAACAGGAGGUAUACAUGAAGAAGCUGACUAUUAAAAAAAAGAUGAUACAAGUUGAUAUUAAAAAGUCAUUACUUUGUACAGUUACCAGAAAAACCAUAUACAUAUUUACAACUGAAACAUACAUUUUUAAUCAAAUGGACAAUUUCCAAACAUUUUGCUGCACAGUAAUCAUUCUAAGAUUUCAUGCAUCAAAUGAACAUUAAAAUAUUUUAUUUUGACUGGCACCAAUGUUUAAUUAAACAUCACAUUCUGAAAAUAUGGCUUGUCCUGUAACAUGUCCUGUACAUGACAAUGUUUGAAAAUGUAUCAUUACUGCUAAUAUUAACAUUUAAAGGCAAACUCAAUUUAUAAUUGAAUCAUUUUAAACAUAAUUUGCAGUGUAAUACUGUCACUUUUUUUUUUUUAAUGGGUCUGUAUAUGAAUUUUCAAAUUGAGCUACCUUAACCCGAAAAUGCAGACUGGGCUUGUGGAAGUUAAAUUAUGUCAUGAUUUCAGAACAUUUAAAAAGAAAAGAAAAUGCUGUCCCCAGUAAUAAAGACAUCGAAGCAGUUGUGAACAGAAGUACAUGUAGUAUACCCGGACAUAUUUUACUGUCUCUGUUAAGAUUCAGCGAAAAACACAUUUACAGACUGUCAGAAGUUAAGAGAUACACCUAUUGUGUAGACUUUGCGAGAAAACAUUUUUUGCACUCUAACUUCUGUCUGUAAUAAGAGAUGGGACAUUUCUCCUCUGCCUGUGAGUAGAUAUGGACACAUGGUCAAUCUGAGUCAAAGAGAGGAAUACCUCCUGGCUGCACAUUUAGUGUACCCACUGCAUCAAAGCUGCAUUUCAUUUUAUUAGCAUUGAUUAAAAGAUGUAAUUCAGCUUCUGUGGUUGAAUAAAAUCACACAGAUGAAGUGUUAUAUUAUUAUAAAGAAUACAUACAAACGCUACAUACAGUUUUCAUUUUCAAUGUUCAAGACAUUUCAAUGUAACACUAAUCUGAAUGACCGUCUUAAUAUACGUUAAGGCUAAAUUC